GCCGCUGACAAUUUAUCGUCGUGCCUCGACACUGCUGCGCCCUGCAGCUUUGUCACACAACUGACACUCUCGGAAGCUCGUUUUCCCUCACUUCUCCACCGGUUCGUGCAUUUGAACCCGUUUCCCCCGCGUUUCCACCCGCACAACUUCAGAUGAAAAGUCUGUAAACCAACGCGUAGCCAGACGACAUAUUUCCACAGACAUUCCUUCCCUCAGCACACACGCCCGCACCAGACCAUCGAUUUCCAGAGUUUCGCUGACCCCGCCCUCGCAGAAGACCCUGUCGCCUGAGGGUUUCUUUCGCAGGGAACGAGGAGAAGACAGAAAGUCAGGCGCAUUCGUGAAAUUAGUUGUGGGCGUUUGCGUCAAACAACUCCCGGAAAACAGCACGACCCUGCGAGGCACUUGGGCGGGACGUGUGGUAGCCCGUUGGCACCGGGAAUGUGCCUCGAUGCUGUUUCGCAGCUGUCAGUGUUACGCGGUCAGAACAAUGGGAACUGCCGGGGCUUCCUAGUUUUCGCGGAAGUUUCCUCUCUGUAAAAGAUUUAGGAGAAAGCCGAAGGUUAAGCCUUGUCUUCUCGCCUCUGUUUCGCGGUUCUUUGCCGAAGUCGAGUUGUGAGCUUGAGUGAGAACGUAGGGAGACACGCUGGACGUUCUCGAGGGUCCUGGCGCUGAUCGCGAGAACUGCCAACUGCGGCGUUUCUCAGGGCCUGACCCUCCCAUUGUGUCACCAUUCGUCGAUUGUUUUUUCCCAUCAUUCCUGACCUCGCCGUCAGUUUUUUGCAGUUUCUUUUGACCCCAAACAAAGCUUCGGUGUGGUAACACUUUCUUGUGCCAUCGUGAAGUUUCGUUUGUGUGUUGGUUUUCCUGGGUGCAAGUGGCGGAAGCGUGUCGACACAGCCGAAACCCGCUUUCGUGCUUUGUUUUUGUUCACCUCCUGUCGUCCUAGUUUCCUGUCUCCGCUAAGCCGUGUCAGUCAGGAUUCUGGCGUUCCGCCUGCGCCUUCUUUGCACCCUCAAUUUCUUGAUGCAACGGUUGUGCCUCACGCGAAAGCACAGAGGCUUCCUCUCGUGAAAGCGGACGCAGAACAGUGCUCUUCCGCUCGCGGAGGGUUUGCGUCUUUUCCGUCUGACCUGACGCCUAGGUGACGCGCGAAAGAGGGCACAGGGACAAGAGAAGGAGGAAGAUGGACUGCGUCGCGACCCGCAGCAACUCUUGGUAGCACUUUAGUUCCCCUCGCCGAAAGAGAGACAUGAACAUCGAACGGUGCAGGUCAAAGAGUCGGAGGGCUUCGGCCGGAAGAGAGUGUGUUCUGAUUCUUUCUAAAAAGGAAAUGUGAGUGCAUACGGCAGCGGCUGUGCAGAAGCCCGUCCGUCUGUGAGGGGGACUCCGAGAGAGAGGUUUCUCUCUCUCUCUACGAACGCGGAACUCCUCGUUUCCAGUGUUUCGACAACCGACUCAACAUGAAGUCACAGGUUCUCCCCGGCGGCGGCGUUGGCGCCUUGCCAGUGUUCCCCGUCAAGCCUCUCGGCCUCGUCGUGCUCUGUUUUCUUCUCCUUCUGCUCGUCUCCGAAGUGUUGUUCUUGUGGCGCCUCCAACAGCUGGAGAACGACGCGUCCAGGCCAUCGCUCGACUCUCUCUCGCCCUCGACAGAGACUUCCACCAAGCCACCACCCUCGUCUCCUCUGGAGGCCGAUCUCUCUGCGUCCCUCGUGGACGCGAAGGACCUCCUUCGUCUCCUCUCCAACAUUUCCACCGUCACUCGAGAGAAAACCAUCGUUUCUGAGAACUCGACACGCGUUGCGGACGACCCUGGAGCCGUCCACUCGGACCUGGACACACACAUUGUCUCUUCUGUCUCCUCGCUCACAGCGCGGCCCUCAGUCUCCGACACCCCACGUCUCCGCUCUCUCCAGAGCCCGAAGGCUCCUCUCCCUCCGCCUGCACCGAGCCACUCCGAGGCGUCUUCCAUCUCUCCUUCUUCCUCUCUGACGGGCAAGGAAGAAGAAAUGUCUCUCCAUCACACACCCUCCACUCCUCCCAGGCCUUCCUCUUCUUCUCCUGCACAUGGCCACCGCUCUCCUGACUCGCCGCACUCCCCCGCAGGAACGACCUCCCUUGUCUCUGCCUCUGGGGAAGUGCAGGCGUCUGCGGUUCAUGCGAUCUCGACUGCAGACCCUCUUGAGGCGAACAGACGAACACAGCCAGAAGAGCGUGGAAGCGAGAAGAAGAGGACCUCGGCGAAUGAGAAGAGAGGGCGUCGCGACCGCGAGGCGGUCUCUGUGGCGCCUGCAGCUGUCGAAGACGAGGAAGAAGUCGAAGAAGUCGAGGCUUUCCACGACCCGUUCAGCGAAGACGACGUCGCUCUUCUGCGGGUGCCAGACCUCCUUGUGUCCCAGAACGCCACGGCCUUUCGCAUGCAGUUCCUCUCCGAGGAUGAGCGCCGGCGGGUCGCGAAGCAGAAGCCUCUAGCGGUCCAGGGUGCUCCGUCUCGGGCGAAGAAAAAACGCGCCCCUGACACGUCAGCCUCUGCGUCGUUCUCGCCUCCAGCUUCGCAUGCAUAUGGAAGCCUUCGGUGGAAGGACGUAUCCUUUCCCGCGUCCGCGACUGUCACGCACAUCCCCGGACACACGGGUUCGUUCGCAGAGGUCUACGAACCGUUCCUCAAAGGCGAAGAUCCUCGGUUGCUCCCGCACUACCUGCUCGGCGGAUCUCUCGGCUUGACAGGCGCAUACGGAGCCUUCGCCGCGGAGGGUGCGUACCCGAGAUUCAGUGCAGGGUCGACGGAACGCCGUCUGAAGACAGACCUAGCGUCUCCAGAUGGAGCGGCGACGCUCGGCCACCGCAGUCCGGCCCGCGUGUCCAGACACCGCAGCGCGGAGCGGAGCCGCAGCUCGCUGCGCGCGGGGCAGCGGGCGGCGGGGGUCGAUGGGAACUCUGUGGACCCGCAGCAGCAGGAAGCGAAGGGUGAAGAAGCCGCGCGACGCGAGCUGCAGAGAGACGCGGACCACGUGGAAAACGCAAAGGGGAAGGAAGCAGAAAACGAGGCAAGACCGACCGCAAGAAUAACGCGAUCCGUCGUCGGGAACGCGCUCUUGACUCGCGAGGUACGGGAGAGCUCCGAAAACUUGGCAAACCUCGUCAACGCCUUAGACAGCGGCGGAAGCCCAGCUGGAGAGCACCGCGGGGCCCUGCAGACAGAAGACAAGGAAGGAGGAAGCAAUGUUCCAGAGGCGACGACUCCCCGCCUUCGCCUUGCCGACCUGCCCAAGGUGCUCUUCAGCAAACCGUCGAGGAGCCUCGUCAAAGCUGCGCGCGCUCUCGAACGAUCUGUCUCGUCUAAAGAAAAGCAAAAACUCGCUGGUAUUAUUCCGUUUGACGUCCCCGUUGUGGUCCGAAGUUUGGCAACGCAGAAAAGGCGAACCGUCAUUUUCGAUGGUGUGUUGGGCGCAGGCGGCCAGGGUGUCGUUCUGCUGGCCCGGGACGUGGAUCACCCCGGGUUGGAGAUGGCCGUGAAAAUUUUCCGCAUCAAAAAGAAGAACCGGGGAGCCUCAGCGCUGCACGAAAUCGCGAGGCUCCAGCGAAGACUGCGUUGGGAGACAGCGAUUUUGAAGCAUGCGCCCAGGGACGUGUCGUCCUACGUCUGGUCUCAACUCGCUCAUCUGGUCAUGCCGCUUGACAUCGUCGAGCCGGUAGAAAAGUGGGAACACUCAGAUGCUGAAAUGCGCUACUGGCACCAGUGGCUGAUCUUUGAAAGCUUCGCAGGUGAUGUCACUCGUCUCAAGAAGCUACAUUCCGGCUCGGGACAAGCUCGCCUGGAUGCCUCCAAACAAAUUUUUAUGGCGUGCAUGCGACUGCACGAUACUGGCAUGGUUCACUCAGACAUCAAAUUGGCGAACUACUUUAUUUCGUCAGAGGGCCGUAUCUUCCUGGGAGACUACUCUCUGUCCCGACCAAUUGGGGACGUGAGUCCGUGUGUUGAAGGAACGCUCCGCUUCCUUCCUCCAGAAAACAUGAAGUGCAUUCGAGACGGAGAGAAGAACCUUGUUCUCUCAUCGAAGAAAGACACCUGGGCAGUAGGCGUCGCCUUAUACAAGCUCUGGUGCCGCAACUUCUUCCCUUUCGACCUCGAUUCCUUGUCUUCUGAACACGCCGUCGAUCGCGUUGCGGAAGUGUCACGAGAUGAACUAAAUUUCUAUCCCUGCGCUCCCGAUAUGCCCGUAGCAGUUAUGGAUUUGAUUCAGCAAAUGUUGGAUCCGAACAUAGAGACUCGGCCGACGCUGAGAGACCUUUUCGUCUCUCACCCUGUUUUUUCUCAGCUACGAAAAGUCACUUUGCAGUACACACUUGCGGAUUUCCGCGAGGAACAGGCGAACCAGAAGGGCAUUUGAAAAUGCAUGUGCGGGAGAAAAGAAGCCCGGAACGAGCAGACAGCGGUUCAUGCAUUUCUCCGAGAGACUUAUGGAAAAGUGAAGUUGACAAGGGCAGCAGGGGGACAGCGGAGAUGAAGGACACUCUCUUUGAGUUAUUUCGGGUGGUGAAUUUUUCGCGAAUUGACAUUCGGGUGUUCAAAGCUCGAAGUUUCCAUGGUAGUCCGUUCUGGCCCAGAAAAGGCACACUCAACUGGAAGGUGUGCGUCUGACGGUAGGGGCAGGACGCAAGAGUCCCUGCGACUCAUAGCCCGUGGAGAAUAAAUGGCAAAGGGGCAAGCGGUGGAAAACGGGUGUUUAAGGCAGCGACAGAAUAACGUAGGCAAGACAAACACUCGAGUAUGUUUUCCAGCUUUCGUACCGAGGGUAGAGACAAAGAAGAAGCGAAGAAGAGCGAACUGCUGGACAGGUGAAUAUGAAAGAACGGAAGCUGUGUCAUCUUUCGGCUUCCGUUUCUUUGUUGAAGACCCACGGGUCUUUGCGCAGUGUAUGCCCACCCACUCUUUUUCCUCCGGUUUUCGUGUUCUGCCGCCAUUGAGGGAUGCCGUGCUUGUUGUCUUUCGAGGCGUUUUCUUUCGAAUUCCCUUCCGUUUCUGACGGCCUCUGACGUCUCGUCCGCUCCUUCGUUGCAGCCACUUUGAGUGGCAGUGAGUGGAAACAGGGAGACCCAGCAGGCCAGCGCUUUCGCGCUUUACGUCUGUUAGAUCUACGAUAGUGAACAUGCUCCAGCUACGAGAUACAGAAACGCGAGUUCUCUGAUUUUCCUAGUAAAUAUGACCCGGUUGGUUGAGAACAACUCCCAGGUAGAAGCCUUCAGGUAGCCGGGUACCAGGUGGGGUACUGGAGCAAGGAGGCUCCCUCAAGCAGGAUACUUUAGUUUUGCCCUGUAAGAAAGACAGUUUCUCGUGAUUGUCUUCCUUCAGUUGUGUUGGGUUUUCGGCUUUGCUCCGGACUGUCGGCUUUUCUGGGAGCGACAGCGGGACGUUGGGCAGUGCAGGUGUGUCUGUUCUUGUUUAUCGUUAGCGUGUUUCCUCGUGUACCUCCAGAGACUGGAGGCACUGUCGCUUGAAAAUGGAAACCGAGGCACAAUCUGUGAAUUUUUUCAGUUGUGGUUUCCUCCUGGUUGGAUCACCAAACCCAGGGAUGUGGGACUACGCAUUGAGGACUCGUUCUUUCGUCCGUGUGUCCAGAGGGCAUGUGAUGGAACUUGAAACAAGAGCACUGAGCCAUGGUUCUGAAAAAGGUGAAACACUGC